GGAGAGGUGGGUGGGGGGAUGGACAGGCUACAAGUCAUUAGAAUUUAGAUACAGUUAGUGAUCGACACAUGGAGAUGGAACGAACCUGUCUUCAACUCUUGCUGUUGAGUUCACUGGUAUACUGUAGCCUCGGACAAGGUGGAGAUAUCUCUCCUCCAGCUUCUCUGAGCAUCAGUCCUGACAGAUCUCAGUUUUUUAAAUUUGAGUCUGUCUCUCUGAGCUGUGAGGUUCAGGGGAAGUCAACUGGAUGGAGAGUGGUGAGGAACACAUUGAGAGGAAUCGUUUCAAAGUGUAAUACUGACUGGGGAAAACAACAAGGGUCUUCAUGCAACGUGUCACUAAUACCAUCGCACAGUGGAGUGUACUGGUGUGAGCCUGAGUCUGGAGAACACAGCAAUGCUGUCAACAUCACAGUACAUGAUGGAGCUGUGAUCCUGGAGAGCCCUGCCCUUCCUGUGACUGAGGGAGAUUCUGUGACUCUGCGCUGCAGAUAUCAGGUAACUCCCUCUAACCUCACAGCUGAUUUCUACAAAGAUGGAUCCCUCAUCAGAAAUGAGACUACACGAGAGAUGACCAUCCCUGCAGUAUCCAAGUCAGAUGAAGGUCUCUACAAGUGUACCAACUCUGAAGAAGAAUCACCAGAGAGCUGGAUGACAGUGACAGAUAUCAGAGAGACGUCAACUUACCAGCACAACCAGCACUACGACCAGGAAUACGACUUCCCUAAAGCGGAUCCUUAGUCUGCACCUCCCAGGUUAUUUGAACUGAUUCCAGAGGCCGACCCAAAACAGCACCCCCGGUUUCCGGAGCGGUCUUCUAGUGAGGCUUCAGAUGCAAGCACACCACCUCUUCCGAGUGUAAUACUCGCUAAUGUCCUGUCCCUAGUUAGCAAAGUAGACAAAAUCAGGGCAAGAGUUCUUUCCAAAGAGAUAUCUGGGAAUGUAACAUACUCUGUUUCAAGGAAACAUGGCUGGGGACAUGCUGUCGGAGACAUGUUGUCUCUCUGGUAAGAAGAAGCGCGGGGGUGUAUGUUUCAUGAUUAACGACUCAUGGUGUAAUUUUAACAACAUACAAGAACUCAA